ACUUAAUGAUCCAGAACUAUAUGUACUUCUCACACCAUCACAACCACCUAUACGUUCUCAUUUUCCUACUGUUUGAAACUUUGGUCCUCAUUUAACACGGUGUGUUGUUUUGUACUCCUCCACAUGAAUAAUCUCUUUUUUGUAAAGUUUAGAUGUUUUCUUUUUCAGUUCGUAUUACGUUGAAAAUAACAAAUUAUAAUACCAAAUCGAUGAAAAUUAGUCAAACGUAAACUAUAGUUUUAGCUACAUGACUGAUCGAGAAAUUUGUCAAAUCAAGAUUGUUAAUAAACCUUAAGAGAGAGCAAGGGGAAUAUUGUCGUUGCUCGAGAUUUUGAUGUAAUAUAUAUCUUUGAAACGGGUUAGUUGUAUGCAUUUACAAAUAAUAGAAAGCUCUUUUUUUCCCUUUUUUCUGAACUCCCCAAUUGAUAUUAGUUCAUCAACUCAAGCGAGAGAACGUUUAAAGUAGGCAACGGUUUUAAGUGCUUCGAGGUUGGGUACGAUUACGACGGGUCUAGAGACGGCAUCGUGGGACUGCACGUGACCAAGAACUUGCAUCUAAAUUAUCUCCUCAGUCUCUUUUAGAGAGUGGAACUGAAUUUAUAUGUCUCGGAGAUCAUUACAAUGACAUCCAUGAUCAUGACUGACAUUUUAUCAGUUGGACGAAUUUAUGAUCAUCAUCAAAACCUAUAUAACUUGUAAAUGUAUUCAAAGCAAUAGUAGAUUCUAGCUGUUAGAGCAGUACUAAAUGGAUUAUAUAGCUCAUUAAGGCUUUUUAUAAGGAAAGGAGAAAACUAUGUACAGAAUAAACCAAGCAAUUUUUUAUCAAUAUGAUUAAAAAAAGAAAGCAGAAGAGUUGCACAAAGUGGCUACCCUAAAAUUACAUCCCUUUUUGUAACUCCUGGUAUGUGGUAUGCUAGCUUGCCAUUUGGUGUUAGGAGUUUUCAAGGCUCCUAAUCAAAUGUUGUAGUAUAAAAGAUUGUCGAACCAAUCCUAGGUGAUUCUAAAGCAAAGGGAAUGCAAGUUCAUACUUAAGCUAAGUGCAAUCCGGUUUUAAAGAUGGUAUGAACUAAGAACUAAUAAGCUAAUGCAAUAAAGUAAUGAUCUUUCUUUUCUCAAUAUGAAGCAAGAGGACUCAUGGGGCUAGGCAUUUGAUCUUGGGUGAUGUAGAUCCAAUCUAGAGGUGGUAAGCUAUCAAUCAAACACUUUCCUUAUGCCUAGACACUAAGCUAAACAAGCUCUAUCUCUAGAUGAAUGUUCUUUUGCUAAAGCAACUCAAGCAUCUAAUCUUUUAGGUUGAAUGUUACUAAAGCAAACAUUGAGAACAAGUCUAAUAGCAAUCUUAACUCCUUUAGCAACUAAUCUCUUAGGUAAAGCAAGCUAAAAGCAUUGAAGAGUUGGUUAAGGCAUUUCAACAUACACCUUGUGGGCAGGAAAUGUCUAGAGAUCUAUUUUAGUAUGAUCAUGACUAAAAUAGCAUUGAGAACUCUCAACAAGCAAGGAAACAAGUUUAUCUAGCACUAAACAUCCUAGAUCUUCUCUAAUCACCCUUAAUCACCUUAGCCCAUGAAUCCAAGAUAGUCUACUCACUAAUAGACAUGAAUAACCCCAAAACCAUGGAUGAUUCAAGGUUAAACAUGAUUAGAGAGCAAGAUAAUCAAGCAAAGAUAAGAAAUUAUGAUCAAGAUUCAAUCUUUCAACCAAAAGUGGCUUUUGAUUAGAUAGAAAACAAGAGAUCCUCUAAAAUUAGGUCUAAAAAGUAUUUAUAGUGGCCUAAAAACGAGCUGGAUCGACCCAACAAGCAUGGGUUGACCCAAGAUAAUUUGGGUAAAAAGUUGGUAAAAACAGAAGUGCAGAUUUUUCUAAGUGUCGCAGCUGGCAAAUGACAUGUCAUUUGGCCGCUGCAGAAGGCCGCUGCACACUCCAGCGGCCUGUUUCUUGUCGUUUGGCCGCUGCAUCUUCCAGAUAUCGGGCAGGGAGUAGUGGAUUUCUCCAGCGGCUUGUCUUGGCCGCUGCAGUUGGCCGCUGGGACAGUUGGAACUUCGUCUUGUGAACCAAAAUCACCAUUCUUGUCUCUAAACCAUCUCCAAAGGUUCCAAACUCACCAAAUAGCAUCUCCAUCACCUAAUAGAGACAAAUGUAUAUGCAAUGCACCUAAAUCUACUCUAAAUGCAUCUAAAUGGAUAAAUUGAGAACUAAAAUGAUUGCUAAAAAUAUGCAAAUACACAAGAUAUCACCAUACUUAUAGUUUUUGUUCGUACUUAUAUUCAAUUAGAACUCUAAUCAAAAUAUGAAAACUUGUAUUGCAUUAUGUAUAUCCCACGCCAUGAUGUGAAACUAGACCAACGCAAGCUUUUCCUGUAUAAUUUCGCCAACAAUGUUUACUUAAUCGAUUUAUAUAAUACCACCUAUAAUCUAUAUUUUCUUGUUUAGUUUUGUUUUUUUUUUUUUUUUUUUUUUUGUUUAGUUUUGUUCUAUUUUAUUUUUCACGUUCCUUCAAUUUACUCUUGAAUGCAUUAUAUAACUAUUUAUUAUGCAUAACCAAUCAGCGUUUUAAUAUUUUAUAUAUUUUCAGCAUUUAAUCAUACCAAAUUGGAUAUUCAACUCAUACCUUCGACGAAGUUGUAGGGUUCUUUAGCAUAUCUUCGUCAGAAUGAUGUAAUUGCUACUAACAAGAAAAAGACAGAAAACAUCACAUAUAUAAAUGAUAACACGGUGUUAGUUGAAGCCAUAAAAUACUAAUCUAAAGAGGAGCAGCCACAUAUUCCAACGUUCUAUUAUAUAGAAAGACUCGAAAUGUAUUUAUACAUCAUGGUUUAUUCGUACCAAAUUGACUACUUCAUUGUGUAGCCUCGAUUACUUGACUUGCUCGUUUUUAAACUCGCUAGCUAAAAGCACUAUAUAUACGGGGGAAGGCAAGGUUUGUGAGCAAGCCACCAAGUUGAAACCCCAUUCGUUUACAUCUUCUGUCAUUCUUCGUAAUCGCCAAACUAUAAUUUUCCGAAAAUGCAGGAAAAAGUUGUAUUCAAGUUGGAUGUGUUUGACGAAAGAAUUAAACAGAGAGCUAUGAAAGUCGUAUGUGAUUUUCCAGGAGUUACGUUGAUAGACGUGAAAGAAAAAGGUAAACUAAAGGUGUCGGGAGAAUUCGACAAGUUUCAAAUGACGAAGAAGCUUAAGAAGAUAUACAAAUAUGUUGACAUUAUCGCGCUUGAACACGAUGGAGAACCGAAGAAAAAUCCGGAUCCGGUUAAGAAGCCUGAACCAAUAGUGAAGAAGGCCCCAUCUUUCCGUCGUUGGAAGAUAGGUUUCUUUUAAAGGAAUCGUUUUUGAGGUCGUUGUGAUCAGUUUGAGUUCUAUAUAUGGACUAUUGUAUUAUGUAUGUUGAUAUUUCAUCUCUUGUGAAAUGUUGGGUUUUUUUGGCAUCUGUGAAAUGUUGUUUAUGUAUGUUUGAAUAAAAAUAUGGUGUCUGUUUACAUCUUGGUAUUC